AUGCACAACUCACUGUGCCUUUGCCUUACGCUGCUUAGCACGUGUGGCCACUGCUUCUGGGUCAGACAGCCGGAGAAGGCACUCCUCCCGCUUUUCACUCCGCAGAGGGGUGGACGUAGUGACCUCCGUAGCAGCCAUGGAAGAAGCGUCGUAAACUUGAAUCGCCACCCCGCACACUUUGCAACGAAUCAAGAAGGAGAAAGUCAAGAUGAAGCCAACAUAUUAGACAGUUCGUAUGUCUACCACACCCCUGUGCUUGCUAACGAAGUGGUACGCUACCUUAGGGGUGACAACCCCAGAGAGGACAACACGAAAAUACGUGACUCAGAAGGACAUCACACAAAUGGAGUAGAACCACAGGGAGAAGCACGCCCUUCCAAUUUUAUUAUUCCUUCACCAGGGGAGAUAACAGAAGAAGAGGGAAAAGGUACCACUCUGCGGGGAAAAGUGAAAAAUGGAGAGAACCCAAAUGGGGGGACGCAAGAGAGGGGUACUUUUCCUAAGCCCCUCUCAUCUACAUAUAUUUCACGACUCCCCCCAAUGGAAAUUACUCCACCUGAGUACUACAUCGAUGCGACACUAGGCGGUGGAGGACACACGCUAGAAAUUUUAAAAAACUUGGCACCGACAAGCAAAGUGGUCGCCAUAGACAAGGACAUAGAAUCCAUUUAUUACAGCAAACAGAAGCUGCAAUGUUAUGUAGAUGUGAACAGGCUAACAAUGAUACACGGAGACUACAGACAUAUUAUUCACCUGCUCCACCGGCAUGGCCUUCCCCUGUUUGGCAGCUACAGUGGCAUUUUACUAGACCUGGGUGUAUCCACGCACCAGCUGAGAUGUGGAAGGAGGGGGUUCAGUUACAAGCACAACGGUCUUCUUGACAUGAGCAUGGACAGGUACACCGAUGAGGAAUACGCCCGGAUGUGUAGGGAAAAUACCGAACCCAGGGGAAGCGCUUCAAACGAGGAUUACCAAUCUAAGCAGGCUAACCAGAUUGAGCGGGCCAACGGGGAGAGCCCCCAAAUGGAGCCGCAAAAACGAAUCGGAGAAAUCCUCAACACGUACAGCGCCCAACAGUUAAGGUUUAUUAUGCACACAUAUGGUCAAGAGAAGAAGGCAUCUAAAAUUGCCAAAAAAAUUGUACAAUGGAGGAAGAGCAGUGGAACUAUCACGACCACGUAUCAGCUGAGGGACAUCGUUCUUUCCACAUGCAAAAAAAAUUACAAAGCAAAUCAGAAAGUCUUGUCCAGGGUUUUUCAGUCAUUACGAAUAUACGUCAACGAUGAAAUGAAAGCCUUAAAGGAGUUUUUAUUUUCGAGCUAUAAAUUGUUAAGGGCAAAAAAAAGACUUGUCGUUAUUUCGUACCAUUCAUUGGAAUACAAGUGCGUGGAAAUGUUUGUCCAUGAGAGGAAAAACUUAUGGGAAAAAAUUAACGACGCCGAUAUAACCCCCAGCGAGGGGGAGUUAAAGGCCAACAAAUCUGCGCGCUCCGCCAAAAUGUCCGUUUUUGAGAAGGUUUAG